ACAUCCUUCGGUGAAGGGUUAGGUGGGAGUGCUUGCAUAUAACACCUACCCCCCACCCAGGAUUAUUACAUUCGGUGCUUGACCAGGACAUCAGAAGAAUGAAGCUCCUCGCUUUGGUCUUGAUUGCAAUUAUUCUAAGUGAAGCUCAUUCGGCUCCUCCAGUCGGAGAGAUAGACAACAAACUGGGAAACGCAGGAUCGAGAAUUGUGUACUACCACAACGAAAACAGAGGCGCCGAUGGCUACGAUUUUUCGUAUGAAACUGAUGAUGGAACGAAACGAAGGGAAAAAGGAGAGUUCGUAAAUGGCGUAUGGACUGUGACGGGUGUCUUCGAGUGGCGAUCUCCUGAUGGAAUGACACACAAGAUGAUGUUCAAAGCUGACGAUACCGGUUAUUCCAAAAUGUUACUUAUUACGAAAUCCUCCUUCAGCGCAGGAGCUUUGGCCUCUUUAACAGGAUAGCGCAAACCUUAAUACCUCGUUUUUCAUUUACUUCAGUUUUUAUUUUUUCGGAUCUAUCUAUCUCUCAAUUUCUUUAUCUCUCCCUCUUUUUCUCUUUU